ACAAAAUAGGAUUUUAAUUAUAGAGGAUAAAGAAAUGAAUGUUUUUAGUUCGCCUAGAAGGGAAAGUAAUUUUUCAUACUCUAUUUGCACAGCACUGUCCAGGCCCAAUCUAUUUACCAAUUAUUAUACAUCAAAGUUUACCAAUUAUUACACAUGAAUUUGCACAGGUCCUUUGAGGAAAUGUGUAAUGGCAGCAUAAGGGACCAGCAAAAGCUGGAACAGGAAGAUACCAAAAAAAGGCAAGAGCGAGUCAAGCAAUAAUGGGGAGCUGAACAUUAUUCUUAAGAGCAAAGCCACCUGUUUCAUAUUUUAAAUGAUGAAAAAAUAUGUUUUUGCCCAUGUGAAUCAAUAACACAUACACAUCAUCUGACCUACUUAAUAUAGUGCCCCAGAGAGCUUGUGAGGGGCAGGAUGUCUACUGGCUGACCUAUCACCCUUAGAGAUCUAACAAUUGUGAUGUAAGGGCAAGGAUUUUUAUUAAGCAGUCUUAGCCCAAAGGCAGCAUCCUUCCUUGCUAGAGAGAAAGGGCACUUUGGUCCCUGGAAAGACAGAGGCAAGCAGCAGCAUCGGAGACACUGCUCCCAGUCAGGACUCAAAGUCAGGGACAGAAGUGUUUCUGAGUGGAUUAGGAAAGGUAACCUCAUCGUUUAUAUGCACUUGUCUGGUCAGGCAAUAUUUUGACUUUGCUGGCAGAGAUUCUGUCCAAACACCUGCUCUUCUUCAUACAUCUUCUAGAGGUGCUGGCCAGACAUGGCUCCAGGUCACUGGAAAUGAGCUGCUGCAUGUUGAGUAUCUGCAGUCCAGUAGCAAGGGCAGACUUGGCACUCAUGGGCUGAUGUUGCCGCAGCUGCCCCUGCUCCCACACCACAGGUUACAUGAUCCCUUGUCCUGUCCGUGGUCUUUGGCAGGGUCACAGGGCAGAGGGAAGGGUCAGAGAGAAGUGACAUCUUGAAGGGCUGGUGCCCUGGGUAAGAAAGGUUGCCCAUCUGGCAUCCCAUUUCAAUUGCGUCUUCUGCUUGUUAAAUGAGGCCCCUAAGUCCUAACCUGCCAAUCACAGGAGCUAAGGCAAGGUUCCACUUUGGGGAAAUCUACCUUUUAAGAGACUUCUUGCUCAGAAGUCUUCAGGAAAUGAGGCUCUGAUGGUGGAAUGCCAUAAACUGUGUUAGAUGAUGAAGGGGAAAGUUUAGUUGGGAAGUGAGGAGAACCACCCAAUGCUUUAACCAUGAAGCCAGCUCAGCCAAAGUGCUGGACAGUUGUAGGCUUUUCUAUGCUUUGUUUCCCCAUUAGUAGCCUUUGAAAAUCUAUGCAAUUGAGGGGAAGUAAAGGCAGGAAGGACUACCUACCCAGGCAGAGCAGUCUUGCCAUCCCCAAACACCUGUGGUCUCCAGGAGUCUCCUUGAUAGUAGGGGCACUUGCUUUAGCUUUCACAAUUUAUUAGGAAAUGGGGCUCAGGAUGGGUGGGCAACUGUGGUGAGGCAGGGGGAGAUGAAAACAGGCAUGUCCCAUUGAUGGGCUCAUAUUAUCAGUGGGCUCAACCAUCCAUCAUCAGUGUUGCUCUUCCAAACAGCACUGUGCUCACCUGGCAGCAAAGUGACUUUUGCUUUCAAAAUAAUUGAGCACAGGAUUUUAUGGAAUGUGCUUAGGGGUCAGUUAUGAGUUGUCUCCCAGAUGGGUGAGGUCCUGAGAAUUUUCAGGCUAAUGGAGAGUCCUCAUCCUGUCUGAGCAAUUUCCCCUCAGAAUUGGUUAUCUUCAAUACACUGGACUGUGCUGUUUCUACACAUCCCAGUGGGUGGGUUUAGAAGAUGACUAUUUGCCCCCUAAAUGUGGUCAAUGGGACAGCAGGAAGACAAAGAAUGCCUUCCUCAGCCCCAAAUAUAAUUCCUGGGUUCUGACUCACAGGUGUUCAUCAGAACAGACACCAUGGCAGAGCAUGAUUACCAUGAAGACUAUGGGUUCAACAGUUUCAAUGACAGCAGCCAGGAGGAGCAUCAAGACUUCCUGCAGUUCAGCAAGGUCUUUCUGCCCUGCAUGUACCUGGUGGUGUUUGUCUGUGGUCUGGUGGGGAACUCUCUGGUGCUGGUCAUAUCCAUCUUCUACCAUAAGUUGCAGAGCCUGACGGAUGUGUUCCUGGUGAACCUACCCCUGGCUGACCUGGUGUUUGUCUGCACUCUGCCCUUCUGGGCCUAUGCAGGCAUCCAUGAAUGGGUGUUUGGCCAGGUCAUGUGCAAGAGCCUACUGGGCAUCUACACUAUUAACUUCUACACAUCCAUGCUCAUCCUCACCUGCAUCACUGUGGAUCGUUUCAUUGUAGUGGUUAAGGCCACCAAGGCCUACAACCAGCAAGCCAAGAGGAUGACCUGGGGCAAGGUCACCAGCUUGCUCAUCUGGGUGAUAUCCCUGCUGGUUUCCUUGCCCCAAAUUAUCUAUGGCAAUGUCUUUAAUCUCGACAAGCUCAUAUGUGGUUACCAUGACGAGGCAAUUUCCACUGUGGUUCUUGCCACCCAGAUGACACUGGGGUUCUUCUUGCCACUGCUCACCAUGAUUGUCUGCUAUUCAGUCAUAAUCAAAACACUGCUUCAUGCUGGAGGCUUCCAGAAGCACAGAUCUCUAAAGAUCAUCUUCCUGGUGAUGGCUGUGUUCCUGCUGACCCAGAUGCCCUUCAACCUCAUGAAGCUCAUCCGCAGCACACACUGGGAAUACUAUGCCAUGACCAGCUUUCACUACACCAUCAUGGUGACAGAGGCCAUCGCAUACCUGAGGGCCUGCCUUAACCCUGUGCUCUAUGCCUUUGUCAGCCUGAAGUUUCGAAAGAACUUCUGGAAACUUGUGAAGGACAUUGGUUGCCUCCCUUACCUUGGGGUCUCACAUCAAUGGAAAUCUUCUGAGGACAAUUCCAAGACUUUUUCUGCCUCCCACAAUGUGGAGGCCACCAGCAUGUUCCAGUUAUAGGCCUUGCCAGGGUUUCGAGAAGCUGCUCUGGAAUUUGCAAGGCAUGGCUGUGCCCUCUUGAUGUGGUGAGGCAGGCUUUGUUUAUAGCUUGCGCAUUCUCAUGGAGAAGUUAUCAGACACUCUGGCUGGUUUGGAAUGCUUCUUCUCAGGCAUGAACAUGUACUGUUCUCUUCUUGAACACUCAUGCUGAAAGCCCAAGUAGGGGGUCUAAAAUUUUUAAGGACUUUCCUUCCUCCAUCUCCAAGAAUGCUGAAACCAAGGGGGAUGACAUGUGACUCCUAUGAUCUCAGGUUCUCCUUGAUUGGGACUGGGGCUGAAGGUUGAAGAGGUGAGCACAGCCAACAAAGCUGUUGAUGGUAGGUGGCACCUACCUGAGCUGGGUGCCCAAGCUCAGAAGGCUCUUCUGACUACUGGGCAAAGAGUGUAGAUCAGAGCAGCAGUGAAAACAAGUGCUGGCACCACCAGGCACCUCACAGAAAUGAGAUCAGGCUCUGCCUCACCUUGGGGCUUGACUUUUGUAUAGGUAGAUGUUCAGAUUGCUUUGAUUAAUCCAGAAUAACUAGCACCAGGGACUAUGAAUGGGCAAAACUGAAUUAUAAGAGGCUGAGAAUUCCAGUGGUCCAUGGAAUGCUUGAAAAAUGUGCAAAACAGCGUUUAAGACUGUAAUGAAUCUAAGCAGCAUUUCUGAAGUGGACUGUUUCGUGGCUUUGCAUUUUAAAAAUGAAAUUUUCCAAUGUCUGCCACACAAACAUAUGUAAAUGUAUAUACCCACACACAUAUGUCAUAUAUUACUAGCAUAUGAGUUUCAUAGCUAAGAAAUAAAACUUUUAAAGUCUCCAAACUACUUUUACACUUCAGCACAUUCUAUUUUAAUGUGGUAUGCCUGGAAUAUACAAAAAAGUUACUUUUGGGCUCAGAGCCCGGGAAAUAAGUCGUAAACUUUCAUGGCAGUGCUCUAUCACGGAAAUGGAAUACACCAGUGAUAAUGACCCUGCUCUUUGACUGUGGUUUCUAACCUCCUGUCCAAAGUGUGGGGCACAUUUGUUUAACUUCCAGAAUGUGGUCACAGGAUGAGGCAUAGUUUUAAAUGUCAGAUUUUAUGCAUGUUUAUUAAAUCCUGGCAGUCUGUUCAAUAGGCUUAAAGAUGUUUUUUGGGCUUAUGUGUUCCAAAAUCACUCACCAAAAUACGGAGAACCAACUGACAACAGCUAAGUAGAAUGCACAGAGAAGUAGGCCAGAACUGACUUAACAGUGUGGUUUUGGGGCUGAAUAGACGAGAGUUGAAUCCCUGCCACUCACCAGUUUGUAAGACCUUGGGCGAAUCUCUUAGCCUCUGAGCACCUGUUUCCUUUCUUUUUGGUGAAACAUGGAUCAUAACAGCACCACCUCUAUGGGUUGGUGUGAAUACCUGAGACAGUGCAUGUAAAACACUUGGCACAGUUUGCAUUUGGGGAGAAAAGGUCCAAAAAAUAGCAGUAGUUAUUAUUUCUUACAAGAACUGGUGACACAAAAUGGAAGCCCUCCAUGUCAGCUCCAUGGGUUAGCGAGGUGAGGGAGGGUUUGUAUCGUGCCUUCCAGGUGUGUGGCAUACCAUGUGCACCUGGUGCAGCUGAGCACAGGCUGGGCCUUUCAGAGCCCACAUGAUCCUACCUACUGUUUCAUAAACAUGCCUAAAUGCAUCUAUAAGCAGAGUUUUACUGUACUCAGGCCACAUGGACCUCCGAGUGCUUCCUCCAACUACAAAAUCUGCCCUUUUAGGGUGACAAGGCUGACAUUUAUCUUUUAAGUGGCUUUCAAAGAGAGUUUCUGUCAUUCCCCCUUUGUGCAUUCAUGUUAACCUGGAACACUUCUGACAGAGGGGCCACUAGUCCCUGGUAUCCCUGACAGUGUCCCGGUCCAAGGGACAGAGGCAGAAGUAGAGUCAGGAGACAGGGCCCUGCAGCAUCUCCAUGAGUCCCCAUGGAGAGAUGCAGAAAGGUGUGAUGAGAAUGCAGGCUCUGGGCUCACUCUGACAGUGUUCAGUGACAGCUAGACCACCAUGUACCCCUGUGCAGGGGAUGCAGUACCCCUGACCCAAGCCCUGGUUCACCACCUACACCACUGGCUCAUGAAGGCCUUCCCUCCUGGGGUGCUCAUGAGCACGGCCAGCACACUGCAAGCACCAUGCUUGGGCCUGCCUGGCCACAGCAACAGAAAAGCAGCGCUGGGACCAUGGGGCUUUCCCUGACCAGGUGCUCGCCCCCUCCCAGGGUCCCUGCACUGGACUUUUGUAGCUUAGGAAAGCCCUGCCUGCCUGGCCCCAGGAACAGCACAGCAGCAAAAUCUUUCUUUGCCUUCCCUGCCUCCUCAGCCACUAAUUGAUCCUAUGCAUCUGGGCCCUUACCUGCCACUCUUUGGAGUAGAUGUCAGUUUUCCAACCCCAUCCCCUGGAUAGGGGAAUAAACGCGGGCACAGCACAUGCAGAUUACAGAGGGCCUUCACGUCUUGAUCUCACUCCAUCCACACCACAGCCCAGGAAGCAGCAGAUGCUGUUGGUACAGGCUCCAUUCCACAGAGGAGACUGAGGUCAUGUGUGGGGCAGAACCAGUUCCCAAUCUCAGCCCACCCUUCUCCCUUCCAUUUGGCUCUCCCUUCCGCUCGUCCACACCAGCACAUGGCAUCAGAGGCCUUGGGGGAGGGGAUGAGGCUGGGUGUGGGCUCUGCUUGAGUCCAUACUGCCUUGGUGUGGCCUCAGGGUUGGAGGGUAAAGGAUGUGCUCUUUCCCUACCAAGUUCCCAACACCUGGGGGUGGCUGCAGUACUUAUGGGCUCCAAUCCCUUCAGAGAUAUGGCAGAGGCCACUAAUGGCCACAUCAUCUGAGAUGUGGGGAACACAAGAUGACACUGACUCUAGGGGCUACCUGGGUGCUAGGGGCCCAGGUGUCCUCCGUAGGUGUUCUGGACUGAGGAGAUGGUGCCAUAGAAGGGAAAAGCCUGGAGCUACCCCUACUGGAGGGGUGGAGGCAAAGCGAAGAGGAUGGGGCCCAGGAGUGGUCAGGGCAGUCACUCUGGCCUCCUCCUCCAAGGGGCUCUCAAAGCAGCACCCCCUUCCAGCUGCCUAGUCCUUGUUGGUCCCUGGUAACUAAUGCCAUUUUGUAGAAGGCCUGGCACUAUCAUCCCCAUUUUCAGAUGAGAAAACUAGUUCAGAGAGAUUAAUGCCUGCCAAAGCUCACACAACAGAGCUAGGACUACAACCUCAGUAAACAGCCUUUCUUUGCCCAGAAAUGUUGGCUCCAAGAAGGUUUCCUGCCACUGACAAGCCACAGGGUACCUGUCACCUCUGUAUUCAGCUGAAGGCAGAGAUCUUGGGUCAACCCACGCGCAAGGUGGCUUUGUAACCUUAACCAUUCACCAUAUCCUGUUCUCAUUUUGUUUCUGAGAUACCAAGCAUCAAAUCUCCUGGUGGGUGACAAAUCCACCACAGCUCCCCUAAACACUCUGACCAUGAAGCACCAGUUCUGAAGCAAUUACUGGUAAAGAUGCUCUGAGGGUUCAGGGAAUGUUUCUGUGGGAGAGUUUAAGCUCACUUAGGGUCAUCUGGGUAUCUGAAGGAUCUUCUUUGGGGGAGACGACUGGGCUGCGCAGUGCAAGGUACUGAGGUGGUAGCAGUAGCACACACAGCUCAGCCCCUGAUGACACAUCAGGAAAGCAACAUAACUCCAUGAGAGUCUUCCCAGGCAUUAGACACUGGGCUGGGCUCGGUGCUCCAUACACACAGUUCUCAUGCAAUCUUCCUAGCACCCCUAGGGGUGAGUGCUGUUCCAGUCUCUUCGGUAUAGGGGAGGAAACUGAGUUCGUGGGCUGUACUACCUAGAGCCAUGGAGCCUGGAGGUGGCAGACCAGGUAUGUUUGGUUCUGGAGCUCAAGCUCUUCACCACCAUACUGUCUGUUCAUCUGGUAGCUGGAGGGGGAGGCUGGGCCUCAAGGAGGCCAUGACUGGGUAGAGGCUGAGCAAAGGCUGAGGGAGCCACAGCCCAGUGCCCCUGCCAGCCCUUACUCCACAGGCCUGGUUCACCAGCUGCCAAGAGCUUGAUUUCCUUCUCUGCCUCAGUCCGGAGAACAGCUAGACACCUGGUCAGUGUAGAUGGCGGAGGGUGGGCCUGAAUGACUGAAAAGGGGGUGUGCAUGGGUGUGUCUGGAGGGCUAUGAU